AUCUAUGACGUCCCCUCGCAACUGAACUCAACGUAGAGCGUCGCAGUUCGACAAUUAAUGACGAAGUAUUUUUACCGUAUUUAAAUUAACGUUCUUACCGCGUGCUUUGGUCUCAACGAUUUUCACCUCGAAAUGGAUAACAUUAAUGAUAUAAACGCUGCCAACGAGCCUGACGAAAUUACCAAAGACUCGGCUUCGUUUAUCCCUGAAAAAGUCCAAAUCAGACCUCUGGACGCUGCUAAAUGCAAAGAACAUCCCAUCGAAUCUCAUUUUCUCAAUAAUGCACCGGGGGUAGACACCAAGUCUUCUAGAGCCGAACAAGGAGAUCAAAGGGUACAAAAGAGCCCGAAGGGGGUCGUGGAAAAAAAUUCUAAUUCGGCGGAAACAAAGUGCCUUGCUCAAAGUAAUUGCGAAGACGUAUUGUCGGCGUCUAUAAAUAAUUCUAAUUUGGAAAAGCCCUUCUGCAAAGUAGACUUGACAAACGGAAUCGGAACAUCGAAGAAAGAUCUGAGAGACUCGACAUCGCCAGCGGAAGAAAUUAAGGAAAAAAAAAUGGCGUACGACGACAUUAUUCUACACAUGGGAGAGUUCGGGCGAUAUCAACGCAGAAUAUAUCUGCUACUUUGUCUGCCUGCGAUAUCUUGUGCCUUACACAAAAUGAGUGGAGUAUUUUUGGGAGCAAAUCCGGACUUCAGAUGCCUAUUGCCACACGAAGACCCCGCCAACUCUACUUUUCAGCUCCCAGAAAAUAUUAGAAACUUUACGAUUCCAUGGGACACUAAAACCCGCCGUUGGUCUCAGUGCGAAAGAUAUGACCUCAACGUUACCGAUCCUCAAUAUGCCUUGGACGGAAAUUAUACAACGAAGCCGCCCUCCGUCGCGUGCGAAUCUUACGUAUACGAUAGGUCUCUGUACCAAAGUUCAACUACAUCUGAGUGGAAUCACGUCUGUGACAAAGCAUGGCUAACAGCUACAGGGGACUCACUGUUCAUGGUGGGAGUGAUGCUGGGCUCGAUGGUUUUUGGUGCAUUGUCCGAUAAAUAUGGACGCAGACCGAUAUUCUUUUUGUCUCUGGUCAUCCAAUUGGUAUGUGGUGUGCUCGUCGCGGUUAGCCCCGAGUACGUUUCGUACGUCAUCUUCAGAUUAAUCUUGGGAUCAACAACGAGCGGCGUAUUUUUGGUAGCUUACGUUAUUGCACUUGAAAUGGUCGGCCCUCAGAAGAGAUUGGUCGCCGGAGUUGGUUGUCAAUUAUUUUUCACAACUGGCUACAUCCUCACGACUGCUUUCGCUUACUUUCUUACGAAUUGGAGAUAUUUCCAGAUAGCCAUCACCAUACCCAGUCUCAUUUUCCUCUCGUACUGGUGGUUUGUUCCCGAAUCGGCACGUUGGCUAUUGACGAAAGGUCGUAAGGACGAAGCCAAAGAGCUACUUCAGAAAGCAUCUAUGGAGAAUGGCGUUGAAUUACCUGAAUCCACCUUAGAUAGUUUGUUGAUCAACGAUGUCUCCAGUAAAUCAGAGACGAAGGAACCGUCGCUAUUCGAUCUCAUCAGAUAUCCAAAUUUGAGAAAAAAGAGUCUACUGCUUUUCUUCAACUGGUUCGUCAAUAGUGGAACGUAUUACGGUUUAUCUUGGAACACCUCAAAUCUCGGGGGUAAUGAUUAUGUCAAUUUUGUAGUCGGUGGUUUUGUAGAAAUACCAGCUUACACGUUUCUGCUCUUCACACUGAAUAGAUGGGGAAGAAAAGUUAUUCUAUGCGGUUGUAUGCUAUUCGCUGGAACGGUAUUACUUCUAACGAUAUUCGUACCGGCUGAUAUGCAGUGGUUGACGAUUCUCUUGGCAAUGUUGGGAAAAAUGGCGAUCACAUCGUCGUAUGGGGCCGUCUAUGUCUUCACCGCUGAACAGUUCCCUACUGUGAUAAGAAAUGUUGGUCUCGGGGCUUGUUCCACCUUUGCCAGGGUGGGCGGAGUAAUUGCACCCUACAUAAAUCAUUUGGCUAAAAUUUGGGUGCCACUGCCAUUGGUUAUUUUUGGAUUCUGUGCGUUCAUCGGUGGACUAAUGUCAUUGCUUCUACCAGAAACUUUGAACAAGACAUUGCCGGAAACAAUUGAGGACAGCGAGCAAUUCGGAAAGAGAAUUAGUAAAAAGAAGGCGCAUCUUGACCAAUUGAACGACAUUGAAUCAAUGAAGCCAUUAAAAGUGCAAGCGAACGGGGUGUACGAAAAACAAAAUGGAUGAUACACCAAUGACCGGAAUCGUUACUGGGCACAAAGUACGGUACCAAAAAAAAAAAAAAAAAGAAGGAAACUGCACGAACUACUUCCUGGGAGUUCGAAUCAAUCUUACUUUCAAUACGCCAAUACUGGAAAAAAACAUUUUUACACUUAAGUGGCUGCUGCGCGCAUAAUUUUACACUUUAUAAACUGCUGUCUUAUUGUUAGCAGGCUGAACAAAUUUACACUAUAAGUUACAUAAGGCAGGGAACUCAUAUAUCAAUCAACCCUCGUGUAAAAAUCAUAUAUGUCUGUGCGCAUGUCGUAUAUAUCUUGUAAGAAAACUCAGAAUAAGUCUUGUGUGUUUAUAUAAUUGUUACGAAGAAGUCAAUUUCUAGCAUUGAUUACAACUACGAGGAAUUCCGUGCAAAAUCACCUGGUCUAGUCACCGAGUCUGACUCGAGCUGUCGCACACACGGCAACGUUCCGAAUUUCGAAGAAAUUCGCACAAACUUUUUUAUGAAAAGCGAUGUACGAAUGAUCAAAGGCUAGGUGAUUCGGUAUCGAAUUCCUAAUAUGAAAAUUGACCAGCUGCUAGCUUGAUUUUAUACAGUUUUGUCGAUUGGAUAAUAAAUUAAUUACAAAGUCAAUCGUAUAAUUAUAUAAAAAGGGACCACCGCCUGGAUGUUCGCAUAGUUUAUCAUCGAUUUAUUUCAUGAUCUUUGGUACUGCUUUAAGUAUAGCCACAAUUUGAGCAAAGUUUCCUCCUUCAUUCGAUAAAAUGACGAAGUAUAAUUUACUGAUUAGAUCGAUCGAAACUAGCGGAGAAUGUGCAUCGAUGGUAACUUGCAUCAAAUCGUGGACUAAAAUGGGGCUAUUGGGUGUGGAGGGCGCCUAAUAUUCAAUCUCCGAUGCCAGUUGGCAAGCCAAGCGCGAGUCAACGUGCAGAUCAGAAUCGAAGUUUUACUCCUCUUACUGGAACGUCGUCAAGGUCGAAGGUGAAAUAGGGUUUCUGUAAAGUCUACGUAACGGGGGCGGAGCUUUUGAUGCAUGAGACCUGAAUUACGUACAGGAAAAUAAUGAAGAUUGCGAGAGUUUGAUUUUCCAACGAAUUAUGAUAAUCGCACAUACCGUUGAACUUCAUAUACCAGUACCAGUUUCAUAAUCCGUGUAGCUAAAGAAAACA